AUGUUCUUCGGGAUAAUCGCGGAUUUACUUUCCUCCAUUCUGACCAUCCUUCUUCCCAUCUUCGCUUCCUAUAAAGCUCUUCGUUCAUCGGAUCCAUACCAAUUAGCACCAUGGUUGAUGUACUGGGUGGUUCUCUCCGCCAUUCUCAUGGCUGAGUCGUGGACGUUUUUCAUUCUGGGAUGGUUUCCCUUUUACAGCUGGAUCCGGCUCGGCUUCUUCGCGUACCUGGUUCUCCCGCAGACCCAGGGUGCCCGGAUCCUAUACCAGGGCUAUGUGGACCCUUUCCUGGCACAGCACGAACGUGAUAUCGAAGAAUUGAUCGGUACCCUCCACGAGCGUGCUAAAGCACUGGGCCUCCAGUACUUUUACCAAGUAAUCGACUUUAUCAGGGAGCGCGUGCUGGGUCUUCCUCCGCAGCGUCCGGCAACUCCUCCGCCAGCUACUACAUCUUCUUACGCCCAGUCGCUUCUAUCACGCUUCAACCUCCCCUCGGCCGUGGGCGGCAACAACCCCGCCCCCGCCAAUGACUGGUAUUCGGCCAUCAGCUCUGCUGUGGCCUCUGUGACAGCCCCAGGGAAAAGCCAGGAAGCUCGCGCAGAGGAGCUUUCUGCCAGCGGAUCUCUCCUCCCGCGAGAGUUCGAGUCCAAGUCCCGUGCGGAGAAGGCAAGCUUCUACUCCAACCAGCGUGAUAUGCUGGAUGUGCUCCGUGAUGCCAUCAUGAAGGAGGAGCGUAACCUUAGCAGAGACGAAGACGAAGGUCUUGCUUAUGGCAGUGGCGGCGGCGGCGUACCCCUAAGGAAGAACCGCAGCGAUAACUCGUUCGAUCACAUCGAACAUGAAGAUACCCGCGAUCGAUCACCGCGUCCAAGCGGGGGUUGGUUCGGGACCGGUGACCAACAGCACCCUGGAUCAUCCUCUGGGGUGGAUUUCGCGAUGCAAGCUGUAGAUGCGAUUGCUCGCGCAAGGGACGGUCGCUAG